CAGGCUUGUGGCUCAGAACGUUUGACUCCAGAAAAGGAGGUAUCUAGGAAAGGGCUGUGCCUACUGAGAAUAUGGAAGUUAGUGGAUUGUCAAAUGAGUGGUGUUGCUUAAGGGCUUAUUGGCCAGGAGUCCCUGAGGCCCACAGGGCAUGUAUCCUGGAAAGGGUUUAAGAGGCACUCUUAGCCUAUCACCUUGUCUGAAAUCUGCAGAGCGGCCCAUGUAUCCUGACCUCUCCCACCCACGGUGCAUGUGUGGCAGCUGCAACCUUCCAGCCAGGAGCCAGAUGUGGUUAAGUAAGGGACUUAGUCCUUCUAGAAAAUCAAGACUGCAAACCUGAACGCAAUGAUGAGACCCCAGGACAGUGGACAUUGAAAGAGAAAGGGGCGCGCUAAGUCACUUAUUGUUCCCUUGGAGAACUCAGACCCAUCAGGACUCGCACCUGCCAGCGUCGCCGCUGGAAAGUUUGCGAGCGGCUGGCGCGGAGCUGGCGCCGACCCCAUCACAGCGCGGCGGAGGCGAGCAGUCGCCGGCGCCCAGAUCCGAGUACGCUCGAGGACCGCGAGGAGCGCAGCCCUAGCCCCGGCGACUGAGCACACCUGAGGAGAGGUGCACACGCUCUGAGGACCCAGGCGUGCAACCUCUGCCAGAUGUGGGGUGUGGCUACCCAGAGGCAUGCCCCUCACCCAGCUCCACUGUCCCCACCUGCUGCUGCUGCUGUUGGUGCUGUCAUGUGUGCCAGAGGCACCCUCUGCCCAGGUAAUGGACUUUUUGUUUGAGAAGUGGAAGCUCUAUAGUGACCAAUGCCACCACAACCUAAGCCUGCUGCCCCCACCUACUGAGCUGGUCUGUAACAGAACCUUCGACAAGUACUCCUGCUGGCCUGACACCCCUCCCAACACCACUGCCAACAUUUCCUGCCCCUGGUACCUACCUUGGUAUCACAAAGUGCAGCACCGCCUAGUGUUCAAGAGGUGUGGGCCCGAUGGGCAGUGGGUUCGAGGGCCACGGGGGCAGCCAUGGCGCAACGCCUCCCAAUGUCAGUUGGAUGAUGAAGAGAUCGAGGUCCAGAAGGGGGUGGCCAAGAUGUAUAGCAGCCAGCAGGUGAUGUACACCGUGGGCUACAGUCUGUCCCUGGGGGCCUUGCUCCUUGCGCUGGUCAUCCUGCUGGGCCUCAGGAAGCUGCACUGCACCCGAAACUACAUCCAUGGGAACCUGUUUGCAUCCUUCGUGCUCAAGGCCGGCUCUGUGUUGGUCAUCGAUUGGCUGUUGAAGACACGCUACAGCCAGAAGAUUGGCGAUGACCUCAGUGUGAGCGUCUGGCUCAGUGACGGGGCGAUGGCAGGCUGCAGAGUGGCCACAGUGAUCAUGCAGUAUGGCAUCAUAGCCAACUAUUGCUGGUUGCUGGUAGAGGGCGUGUACCUGUACAGCCUGCUGAGCCUUGCCACCUUCUCUGAGAGGAGCUUCUUUUCCCUCUACCUGGGCAUUGGCUGGGGUGCGCCCCUGCUGUUUGUCAUCCCCUGGGUGGUGGUCAAGUGUCGGUUUGAGAAUGUCCAGUGCUGGACCAGCAAUGACAACAUGGGAUUCUGGUGGAUCCUGCGUAUUCCUGUCUUCCUGGCCUUACUGAUCAAUUUUUUCAUCUUUGUCCACAUCAUUCACCUUCUUGUGGCCAAGCUGCGUGCCCAUCAGAUGCACUACGCUGACUAUAAGUUUCGGCUGGCCAGGUCCACGCUGACCCUUAUCCCUCUGCUGGGGGUCCACGAGGUGGUCUUUGCCUUUGUGACUGAUGAGCAUGCCCAAGGCACCCUGCGCUCCACCAAGCUCUUUUUUGACCUGUUUCUCAGCUCCUUCCAGGGUCUGCUGGUGGCCGUUCUCUACUGUUUCCUCAACAAGGAGUUGCUGAUAGGAAACGGUACAGGACCCUGGGGGAAGGGUGCACACAGCCAACAUCAGGCCACGUGGGCUGUAGCUGCUCAGGCAGAGCCAGGCUAAUUGAAGCAAAUGAAGGGACAGGAGGCCACUUGGGAAAGGUAAACAGAAUGACUCACCUGCCAGGCCAACCACUGGGGCCUGAAGGGGCCUUAGCCUGCCGCCCUCCCAAUGCCUGUGGGUAGCAGGGAGGGACGUGAGGAGCACCGUGGGCGUAACCCUGAUGCCCCAUGGCUGUCUGGAUUACUAGGACUGCCGGGAAAGAAAAGGGCUGGAAGCCUGCAAAGUUGGCUGCAUCUGCUGGAGACCAUGGUUCUUGACUUUGCAGCCUUAGGCAGAUCAUCCCAGACCUCCACGUGCCAGGCCCCAGAUCCUGAUUCUACUCUGAGCCUUGGACACCUAGGUGCCUGCUGUGGGCACAAAGCCACUCCAAGCCAGCACCAGAGUACAUACAUUCUCCUUCACGCCAGCUGAGCUCAGGGUUGGUGACUGCCUUGGGGGUUGCAGCUCACUUGGGGCCUCCUGACAGCCCUCCCCAUCCUGAGUCUUUCUGCCCUUGUCCUCCUUCACCCUGUCCCCAUCUCUGUCCCCAAGGGAACUGGUGCAGGCUGGUUCAGGCAGGGAAAGAGGUGGGAGCCAGGUAGGUUCACCUAGCCAAUGAAUAUGAACUAUGACAGACAGCUCCACAGUGGUGGGGGGAGUCUCUAGCUCACCCCAGGCAUGCAGCAUCCUUUUUAUUUCUAGACCCUUUCCCUCCUCCAUGGUACUGUCCCCUCCUUCAGUCCUGCCUAUCAGUCCCCUUCUCCCCAGAGGAAUAGCGGGUGCUACCAGCACAGUGUAUGAGUGUGCACAGGUAACUUGGAGGGAGGGACACAGGAGUGUGACUGUGAAGGAGGUGUGACCCUGCUGUGUAUGCUGACAGGUGGGGCAGGUAUAUAAAUGCUCAACGUUCCAGAGGGAUGUGAAUGAUGGAGCUGUGCUAGGAGGAAGAUCACUUGCACGUGUUUCCCUCGAGUCUGGUGUGUAGAAAUUCCUACUACUAAAUGACGGUGGAGACCAAGGACACAAAAACAAAACAACAAAAGACACUGACCACUGAGGGUCAGACUUGGGAGAGUUGAGCUGUGGACUAGAGGAGGGGACCUUGGGCCACAAGCUCCAGAGUCUCCUGGAGAGGGUGAAAAUGCACAGGUGGGUGGGGCUUAGGCUCUAGGAUUAGUAUACAGGAAAUGAGGCAAACACAACCAGAUGUGGUCAUUCCAGUACUUGCCAGGUGAAGGCAGGAGAAACUCACGCCUGUAACUACAGAAUACAGCAAGUCAAAGACUAGCCUGGGCUAAAGGGACCUGCUGUAGUCACGGUGCACACCUUUAAUCCCAGAAUUUAGGAGGCAGAGGCAGGGUUUCUGUGACUUUGAGGACAGCAGGGCUACGCAGAGAGACCCCAUCUCAAGCAAACAAGCACCAGCAACAAACCCUAAAGGGCAGAGGACACAGAGCAGUGAUAGGAUGCCUGCCUACCACGGGUGAAGCUGUGUUUAAUCCCCUGGACCACGCAAAGGGCAGGAUGCAUGCUGGGUACAUGCAAGGAUGCAAGAGCACUUCCAGCGCUGGGAAAACAGGAGGAUCCCUGGGGCUGCCUGGCCAGUCUACCCUAACCAAAGACCUGUCUCAAGGGAGCAGGUGCUUCUCAAACUGUUACUCACACACACACACACACACACACACACACACACACAGAAAAGGAAAAGGGAAGGAGAAAUUAGUAAUUCCAAGGGGCAGGAGGAUAUGGUCACUUCUGACUGUGAACUCAAACACCACCAUGUCACUGUCCUAUUCUGAUGUAACCAAGAUUACAGGAAGAGAAAAGUGAGGGCUGGAUCGUAGCUCAGAUGAUGGCGCACCUGCCCAGCAGGAUCUUUAGCACUACAAACUGGAUAUGGUGACACCUAAAUUUACAAAGUUGGAGGCAAGGGGGUGAGAAAUUCAAGGUCACCCUCAGCCACACAACAAGGGUGAGGCCACCUUGAGAUCCCAUCUCAAGGAAACCAAAGCAAAGCCACUGCUGGGCUCGAAACAGCUCUGUGGUUAAGAGUACUUGGUACCCUUGGAAGGUCUGGGAUUUAUCUCCUGCCAUCCACACUGGUCAGCUCACAAUUGUUUGUAACUCCAGUCCUCUGUUGGCUCUACAGACACUCUCACACAUACAUACACAUAGUUAGCUGGGUGUCGUGUCACACCCCUUGAGUCCCAGCACCAGGUAAGCAAAGGCAGGGGGAUUUCUGCAGCUUCAAGGGCUGGUCUACACAGCAAUACAGUGAGUUUCAGGCUAGCCAGAGCUACUUAGUGAGACUUUGUUUUGAUACACACACACACACGUUAAAAUUAAUAUCAUCUAAGAGGAAGACACUGGUCAGGCUUACAUUUCAGUGGCAGUUAGGUACGUGUGCUGUCUGGCACUGAGGUCACUCUAUGGGGCUAACCUUGUCAAGUGAAUCCAUGACUGACUAUUGGCAGCAGGCACCUUGCCAGGGAAAUACCACAGGAAGCUAGCACUAAUCAAUUUAAGAGGUUGGGGCAUGACAAUGUUGCUGACGGUCAUGUGUGUGGCACAAGCUCAACCAAUGUACACUCACUACUCCCCGAGGGGUCAGGAAGCCCCCUGUGUUGUAGGACAGCAGGGAUGAAAUCAGCACCACCAGGAGGCAGCACGGCCUCAGGUUAGGACCUUACUUGCUCCCUCAAUGGAUGGAUGCACUGGUAUUCUGGGCAGUGUGACCACCCCCCAUGUCCUGGUAGCCCCUAUGCCCCUUCCAGUCCUGACAAUGGGGAGUCGACUGGGUAACCCACAGCUUAGGACACCCACAGCUUAGGUGUCUUCAAACAGCCUAACAGGCCCCAGGGAACUAACAAUGCUGAGACAUGGGGGGUGAGGGGUGGCUUGGCACCUAUAACAGCUAUUUCUCACUGCCCUGUCUUGCCUGCGCCUCCCUGGGGAGACUUGCCUGCCCGGCCCACACCCUGGAGAUGCCUCUGGGGGCCAUUUGAGCCCUGGAAUACUCUUCUGGGAAAGCAUGUUCCUGAAAUAAAUUCCAUUUUGGCAUCUUCUCAGGAA